AUUUGAUUCCACAUGUUUUUGUUGUUCUCAUCCUCACAUUCAUAAAUAAUGUAUGUUGAUAUUUUACCAAAGCUUCAUACUUCUGUUUACUAUAAAAUGCAAACCUCUUCACAUUAUUUCUUACAAGUUAAUUCCAAUACCAAGAGCUCUAUUUGUUCUCUCUUAGUUCUUUCGCUUAAUUAGUCAUCAGAAAAAAAAAAAUGAAGAGCUCUAUGCAGUUAAUCUCUACUCUCUUCUUCCUAGUCAUACUUGUUGUCGCACCAGGUAUGAAGAUGGUUGUUGAAGGACAACCACAACUGUGCGAAACGAAAAGCUUAAACUAUAGGGGGUUGUGCAUGAAAUGGAGGAAUUGCAAGCGAGUAUGUAUUAGCGAAGGUUUCCCUGAUGGUCGAUGCAAGGGAUUCUUCAACAACAAAUGUGUUUGCAGGAAGCCUUGUGCUCUUUCUACCUAAAACUAUAUACAAUAAUAUUAUUAUGAAUAAGGCAUUAAUAAGAUAUCUACUUUUAUGUGAGUUAAUAAAAGAGCAGAGUACAAAGUCAUGUAUCUCAAAACUCUUAAUAUACAAUAAUAUAAGGAUUAUACAUU